CCCUGCUGAUAACGGUACUGGCACAGAAAUAGAUGGUAUGCUAAUGAAAAAGAAAUUUAAAUCUCUCAAGAAUAUACGGCAUCAGGGAGAUCAAGAGGUAAUAUCUAGGAACUCAGAUGUUUGGAAUUCGAAUCCCAACUCCAAAGAAGAUGGCGGUAGACUUUGGUUCCGACUGAAGAAUGACAAUCUCUUCAGGAAGAAAUAUACAUUGACAAUGGCAUAUAUUGGGUCCUUCCUCACUCUGGGGUGGGUGGAGGGUCAAUUUGGACCCACAUUUCCAGAACUUCGAUUCAUUGUCCACACAACCUUGGAGAGGGGGUCCCUAUUCUUCACAAUGACAACAGUUGGAUAUCUUCUUGGAGCUGUUGUUAUGGGGUACCUGUUUGAUAAACGGAUUUUGGACAGAAACCUUCUAAUGUUUUUACUCAUAGCCGGAUAUGGCGUCACUAUCGCCAUCAUACCUUGGUGCAGUCUAUAUGAGUUUAUGGUCAUUAUUCAUGUCGUAAAGGGGACAUUUGGUGGCGGGCUUGACACAUGUGGGAACGCCGGACUCGUGGUGAUAUGGGGUAGCGGGGGUGACGCCUACUUCAGCGCUCUACACUUUGCAUUUGCUCUUGGUGCAAUCAUAGCUCCUUUGGCAACUGCGCCUUAUCUGAUGCCACGUGAUGAUAGCGUGUUCGAUACCACACACAACAGGACCCACGGAUUCCUAAAUUCAACAACCAAAAAUCAUUCUUACGUUAGUAUUGUAGGGGAUGUGAAUAAUCAAACUAAUUCAAAUCUUACACACACGUCUCCGGGGAAUCACGCAUCAAUGGUUUACAUUCCAUACACUGUUACAAUGGCGCUUUGUAUUCUUACGUCACUUCCGUUUCUCGUGUUCUUCCUUGUUUCACUACAGAAAUCGUUGGAAAGGGAAAAGGUAAACGAGAUCCAAAAUAAAGGCAAAACACAAAGGCGUCUAAGAAUUAUGGGAUUCAUCACCAUGGCUAUUUAUGUAGCGAUAUAUGUAGCAGUUGUGAAAACUUUCUCAGGGUUCCUAACGACGUUCGCUAUGUCAGAGUUACACUGGACAAAUUUGCAAGGGAGCUACAUCACUUCCAGUCAGUGGGGAGCAUUUGCCACUGGGCGAUUUUUAGGAAUUUUCUUCGUGCAAAUUUUCAGUCCUGGACGAAUGAUAUUCGUAUUUAAUUUCAUGAUGUUAAUAUCUCUGCUUGGCUUUUUGAUUGCUUCUCUUUAUGACGUCAUAAUUGGCGUUUGGAUAUUCGCCGUGUUAGCAGGUUUCUCGAUGUCAAUUAUCUUCCCUGUUGCUUUGAUGUGGACAGAGCAGAAUUUUUUACGAGUGACGGGGAAAAUAGCCUCUAUUUUUCUGGUUUCUGCUUCGGUUGGAUUUCUAGUGAACCCCCCUCUGUUAGGGACAUUAAUGGACACGUUUACUCCAAUGUGGUUUUGUUACUUGUUGUUCGCAGAGACAAUCUUAUUAAGUUUGCUCUAUUUCGCGGGCUUGUAUACAGCUACACGGAUUAGGAGAGGAAAAUCGAUCGCUGCGGAAGUCGAACUAACUGUUUUGAAGGAAAAGACGGAGACAUGAAAAGCUUUAUAAUGUUAGUCAUCUAUCUGAUUAUAUAUAAACUCUAAACACUUUGUACCGUGUUACCGGUCUUCUUCAGUCCUGUCUAUCUCUCAUAGCAACGUAACGCAAGACUAC